AUGUCCCUGAUUGAGGGGUGGCUUCCGCCGACGCGGGAGAACUGGGAUACCAUCACGACCGUGUGGCAGCUUUCCUGGCCAGUGUUCGGCUCUCUUCAGUAUGUUAUUAACUGGUACGGCAUGGGCAAGACCUCGGUCACGAGCCGCCUCAACAUCCCCGGCCGUCUGGCGUGGUUCCUGAUGGAGAUUCCGGGCGUCACGACAUUAUUGUACAUCAUGAAUACCCUGCCGCGUCAGGUCGGCAUUGACGAUCUGCCGUGGCAGAAUAAGGUGCUCGCUGGGUUAUUCACCAUCCACUACGCCUACCGUGCCGUCCUCUUCCCGAUCCUCCAACCAUCCAUGUCCCCGAUCCACGUCGUCGUCGCCUCCUCAGCCGUCCUCUUCCAGCUCAUGAACGCGACCUGCCUGGGCAGCUACCUUGCCGCCUACGGCCCCACCACAGCCUCGGCAUGGGACUCUGCCCUCGGCCGCGGCGGGAUAGCACAAUUCGUUGCGGGCAUUGCUGUCUUCUACGUCGGAUUGACGCUCAACUACUUCCACGACGAGGAGCUGCGCGAGAUUCGCAGGACAGAGCAGCGGCGCCAGGCCAAGAUUGCGAAGCAGCAGAAGCUGGAGGGCAACGAGAAAGCAAAGGGCGUGGAUAAGCAUUAUCGGUUGCCUGAUACGAUGCUGUUUCGGUAUAUGUUGUACCCGCAUUACCUUUGCGAGUGGGUUGAGUGGUUUGGGUUCUGGAUGGCGAGUGGGUGGAGCGUACCUGGAAGGGCGUUCUUUUUGAAUGAGAUUUUUGUCAUGUUUCCGAGGGCAAGGAGCGGGAGGCGGUGGUAUGUUGGGCAGUUUGGGGAGGAGAAGGUUAGGAGAAAGUGGACUAUUAUUCCGGGGGUUUAUUGA